ACCCAACAUUGGACCAACGCCCAUGAAUUAGGGCCGUUCGUUUUCGUUGCGUGCAUAGUGCAAUAGUGGUUCAAGCUCAUGAUAGUGGUCACUCCGUUUUAAUUGAACGACAUUUCACAAAAUGAUGUUUAACAUGUUCGCGAUUAUAUGUGUAUUAUUUUUCUUCACAGUCAUGGAUACCCAGGGGAUUCGCUGUUAUCAGUGCAGCAGUGACACGGAUCCUAAGGGUGAAGAUUUGUGUGGAGCUUACAGAAAAUUCGACAAGGAAAAAAACAUCGCUAUAGAAUGCAACAGCGACGAGUCAGCGAUGCCUGGCACAUUCUGUGUCAAAAUAACGCAUCAGAGUCCUCGUGGUUUCAUCUGGGAUGGCCGAUGGCGACAGGUGAUACGCCGAUGUUCGUCUGUGGCUAGCACUGGAGUCACUGGCGUUUGUAACUGGGGGGUAUAUGAAAACGGAGUCUACUGGGAAGAAUGUUCUUGUGCUGAAGAUGGUUGUAAUGGAGCCUCUACUUUAUCAUUACUUCCUGCAACUGCCUUAUUAGCCCUUGUUAUUUCAGCUAUGAUAUUCUCCACAAGAUAGAUAUCUAAGAGGAAACUAAGAGAAAUCAUGAAUGUCGCGGAUGGAUUCGGAUAUACGCGUUCGGAGGUAUUCGUAUUUGUGGCGAGGGUGAUGUUUAUCGCCGCUUUUGGACUUUUCGGUAUGAAAUGGUUUAUGAGCCAACUCGAUUCCACGAGCAACGCAACGAAGAAAGCUAAGAAAAAGGCGCGGGAACAGUUACGGAAAUUGGCAAAAACUGACAAUCUCCUAUGGUCAGUAGAUAUGGAUCAAUUGACAGAUUAUGAAAUGAUGAUAGCUAGUCAUAUAGUGGACCCUAAAGAUAUUAGAGUUUCUUGGGAUAAUAUUGCAGGUCUUGAACAUGUUAUUCAAGAACUUAAGGAAACUGUUAUAUUGCCUAUACAGAGGAAAGAAUUAUUUGAAGAUUCUCAGUUAACACAAGCACCGAAGGGAGUGUUAUUACACGGGCCACCAGGUUGUGGUAAAACAAUGAUUGCUAAAGCGACUGCUAAAGAAACGAAAACAUGUUUCAUUAACUUAGACGUAAGCAUCUUAACUGAUAAAUGGUAUGGUGAGAGUCAAAAAUUGACUGCAGCUGUCUUUUCAUUAGCUGUGAAACUCCAACCAUGUAUAAUCUUUAUUGAUGAGAUAGAUUCCUUUUUAAGAGCACGUAAUUCGCAAGAUCAUGAGGCAACUGCAAUGAUGAAAGCACAGUUUAUGUCUCUUUGGGAUGGAUUGAUCACAGAUCCUUCUUGCACAGUUAUAGUAAUGGGUGCUACUAACAGACCACAGGAUUUGGAUAAAGCUAUUCUUAGGCGUAUGCCAGCUACUUUCCACAUUGGUUUGCCAAACGAACAACAACGAACGGAUGUCCUUAAACUCAUUCUCGAUCAUGAGCCAAUAGCUGAAAAUGUGGACGUAGUAAGAUUAGCAAAGAUGACAGAAGGAUUUUCAGGAUCAGAUUUGCAAGAACUUUGUAGAGAUGCGUCCAUCUAUCGUGUUCGAGAUUAUUUACGCACACAUACACAAGAUGCCACUACUAGCAACGACGGUGAAGAAUAUCACGACACUGUGCGACCUAUGACAAUGGAAGAUCUUGUUACAGCGUACAGAAAGAUAAGAACAUCAAAAAUACAAACGGGUACUCUUAGUGCUCUUAAAUCUGAUGUAGAUUAAACAAAAUGUUAUACGUCAAUUUACUUCGAAAUUUUUUAUUUUUUGAAAAAAAAUUAGGAAAAUGUAAUUUUAUAAUGUUAAUUUCUCAUUUACCAUAUCAAAAAUUUUCAUUCAUUUUAAAGAAAAUUUAUUCUUGCAAAAUUCCACAACUUAUAAGUAACCAGUUACGAAUAUCAAACAGAGCAUGAGAGUAGAAUGCAUACACUUUACUUACAUGUAUGUAAAAAUGUGUGUGUACAUAAGAUGAAAUUAUGAUCUCUUUAAGAGCAGGAAAAUUUCGUUACGGUUUAGAUUAUUUUGUUACAUUCACAGCAUGAAAUUUAUAGUCUAAAAAGCGUGUAAAUGAAUUGAAUAAUUUCAUUAGGCAUAACUCGAUAAGUUUAAUCCAAGUAUGAAGUAAAUCUUCCAGUAUCUACAUACCUUUCCAUUUAUUACGUUUAUAUUUUUUACGAUUUAAUGGAGUAAAAUGCACCAUACUGGAAGUUCCUAUGGAUCUGCGCAAUUCUUUCCCCGUGAUAGUCUCUGUGUGUGUAUAUGUGUGAGUGUAUUUAUGUGCGUAUACAUGACUCGAAUUCAAGUUAAUGUAAUAAAAAAAAUCAAUAUCUUGGUUAUUGUUAUAUAAAUUAAUUCAUGUUAUUACAUCUAAAUAUAUAAACUUUUGUAUUUAUCACAGUGUACAAAUAAGGGUUCGUGAAGAUUGUUAUUCAUAAACAAACGAAUAAUUUAAACGUUAUUAACGUCUUUGCAACUGACAAGUUGAUGAAUAUAAAUUUCUAGGUACAGCAUAGAACAGCAAGAAUCUGAUUAAAGAAAAAUACUGCGGAAUGUACAAUAAAAUCAAAUUUCCAGAUCGCCAAAAGAACAAUAUUUACAGUUUUACUUAUUAAACAUGAACUGUUUGUGAAUAAAUAACUAAAGAUUAUAACUUUUAAGUCGCCAAGAUAGAUAUGUAGCAUAAUUAAAUACGAUUGUUGACGAACGCUAAUAAAAUAAAAUCUUUAUUUCAAGUAC